UUACAUUAAGAACCAUUGUUACGAAUUGUCGAAUUAUUUCUUGGCUUACUUGGGCUUACUGAAGCUCGCUGAUCUGACGGCGCAUUGUUAAUGCGAAACAUGUCCUUUCUGUACAGACAGGAAAUACAAUCGCUACAGGAGAGAAUGCAAAACACUUUCAUAAUUGGCGUAAUUAUUAGUACCACGAAUGUAAGAACGUUUGACGCCACUCAAACGAAAUUUAACAAGGGCGAACGCAGCGUGUGGUCAUUCAUUUUGCGGGAUUCCGAGAAGGAUUUUAUUAAUGUGACUGUAUGGGGUAAUACGGAAUUUGUGAAAAAACUAUCGUCUACAUUUAAUAUUGGAUCAGUAGUGGAAGUAAUAAGCCCGAAAAUUGUGAAACGCCAGCCUAACGACAGAAAUGAACAAUUUAUACCAUCUACUUCUAGUCCUUUUACUUUAAUCGUAAAUGAGGGUAUAGCUCUCAUACAGAAGCACGACGCGCCCACUCAUGAACAAUACAAAAACUUAUUGAUGCAACCUGUCAAAAGCGUGACGUCCGUGAAAAGCUUGAAAGCCAUUCUAGACAAUAUCGAGGCUUUGUGCGAUCAUUUUGUCGACCUUUUAGUCGUCGUUACAUUUAUUGCCGAUACGCGCAAUAUAAUGACCCGGGAUGGACGAGCUUUACUGUGUCGCAGUUUCGAAGUCACAGAUGGAUCGACGGACAAUGCGGUGUCAUUAAUACUGUGGGAAAAAGACUGGGUCGAGAGAUCCGCGUUUUGGGAACCAAAACGAACAGUAUUGUUCUUGAUCGACGCUCGUAUCGCGUAUGAUGAAUAUAAGAAAAAAAUGGCGCUAAGUAUUUCAAGACAAACGCUGAUCAUGGAGUGCCCAAACAUACCUCAAGCUGCAGAGAUUAGAAAUGCAGUGCAGCGUUAUGAUCCUGAUUCCAUAUGCAGUGAUCCAUUUGCCGUACCAAAUCCGGACACAAUCACGACUGUGAUGACAGUACAACAAAUCACGGAGAAGCUGCAGAAGAAGGUAACCGUAGAGGGUGAGAGAUUGCAAUUCGCGGCGAUCGUGAAAGUUUCAGUGACUGAAAUGAAUUUGGACGGCUCACUUCAAGAUGUGAUAUCUAUAAAGUGCGCUUUAUGUAAAAAAGUCGUUACGGAUGUGCAAGAUUCUUGUAUGAACUUGAGUUGCCCUGCGGGCAACGGAAUCCGGACGCCAUUGAAUACUACAAAGUUUAACAUAAAAGUUAAUUUGAAGGACGACACUGGAUAUCUUAUUGGGUGUCGCUUGAUCGGUGACGUUGCAGAGCGAGUUUUGGGUUGUACAGUUGAAGAGUUUCAGGCAAUGACAGUAGAAAACCGCGGUGAAUUGAAGUGGUUAUAUUUGUUAGAAAAGUGUAAUGUUUGCUUGCACAUUCUUGGACCGACAUCUGCCUUUCCACGUGCUUUGUACAAUAUUUUAUCUAUUCAACCUUGUUCCGAGGAAACGGAGGAAGCAAUCGAACAAACUACAGCUAUGCUCGAGAAUUAAAAAUCAAUAUUCCUUUCUAA